GUCUUCCUUCCUUCCUUACCUUUCUUUCCUCUUCUUCCUGUCUUUCUUCCUUCCUUCCUUACCUUUCUUUCCUCUUCUUUCCUUCCUGCUUCCCCUGUGGGUAAAUGAGGUAAAAUGAAACCUACAUGAGGUUUGAACCCUGUCACAGUCUUUUGAUGAUGAAGAUGAUGUUUGAAUAACUCUGAGUGGCCUCAGAUGAUCGACUGUAUUGUUUUACUUGUUCUCGUUUGGCCUUUCUGUGCCCAGCAGUAACUCUGUCACUUUGUCCAGGUCAGAGGUCAGCCCCGGAACACCGGCCCGCAGACGGCCUUGUGUUUGAUGAGGUGUAGCUGCGCAGCGUACCUGUGGAGGAGCAGUUCCCGCUGUCUGAAACAAACCCACAGCUUGUCCUAAUUGUGGAUGUCAGCGUGGAGUGAGCUCACGCCUCUAAGCCUCUUACAGUAAUACACCUGCUGCUGAGCCGACACCGCCGCCGAGCAGAGGGGACGCCGAGCGCCAAAACAGCUCCGGUACGGCCGGCAUGCCGCUCUGAGAAGACUCGGUGGUUUUCGGGACGGGAUCCUGAGGUGCGUCGGAGAUGCUGAGUGGAGAUCUGGUGGCGGCGUGGGAGGUGGCGCUGAGCGACGGCGUGUACAGGAUCGAGUUCGCUCACGGCACAACCAGCGGGAAACGGGUUGUUUGUGUCAACGGACAGGAAGUCAUCAGGAAAGACUGGAUGUUCAAGCUGGUUGGAAAGGAAACCUUCACGGUGGGAAGCGCCGCCACCAAAGCCACCAUCGUCAUCGAGGCCGUCAGCGGGUUCGCCUACGAGUACACGCUGGAGAUCGCCGGGAAGAGUCUGCAGAAGUUCAUCGACAACCGGGCCCAGACCACCAAAACCUGGCUGCUGAAGGUGGACGGGGAGGACUGCAGGGUCGUUCUGGAAAAGGACACCAUGGACGUUUGGUGCAACGGACAGAAAAUGGACACAAUGGGAGAGUUUGUGGACGAUGGCACAGAGACGCACUUCACGGUGGGGGAACACGAGUGCUGCAUCAAGGCGACCACCAGCGGGAAGAAAAAAAAUGGCAUCGUGCACUAUUUACUGCUCGAUGGAGAGAAAAUAGCAGCUUCAACACAAUAGUGGCCAAGCGGACUGUCGAACUUUCAGAGACGAGCAGAACGAGGUAUUUGCAUUGAUCGUGUCCAAACCCAGACACCUUUAUGAUGAAGGAUCGGGACUUUUCCUCUUUCACAUGGUUUCAUUUCACAUUUAGAAAAUACAAAUAUGUUCAUGUAAACAUAGCAAAUAAACACUGAACU